AUGCUCACCGACAUGAAGCUGUGUUCAGCCGUCUGUGCUCUUUCACUACCGCCCGCGAGGUGCUCUGAUCGUCGUGCUUUGUCACAGGAUGUGGCGCGGUUGCAGGGGUUCCAACCAGUGCAGAUGUUUCCCCGCAGUGGCACCCCACCGCCCAGAGUGAUCGGAGUGAUCGAAUCCGUGGACUCGCGCAGGCGACCCAGUGCGUCUCGCGCUGCUCCUCCGGACUCGAGGCCUUGUCCACUGCCGUCUUCGGCAGUGAGCAAAGCCGGUAGCAUCGGUUUGCUCAGCGUGGCGAGUCUCUCCUGCAAAUCUGCGCUUUCGACAGCCUCAACAAUUUCGGGCUCAACGAGCCCUGCUUUGGUCGACAUUGGCAAUAGUGAGGAGGAUGAUGCUCCUCAGACGAAACCGUUGAUGCGGUGUGCUGCAUGGAGGCCUCCACCCUACGAGGAUCCCUGGAAGGACCACCCAAGCAUCGCUGACGAAGACUGGGAGGCCUGGCUGGCUGAUUUUCGGGAGCUGCAGCAGAAGCAGAGACAAAGUCCGCGGACCUGGGAACGAGCCCAGCGCCCGAACCCGCCCACAUCCAAUGCCCAAAGUGGGACUGGCCCUAGCCUGGCUUCCUGGAUGGAUGCAGGGGGCCCGUGCCAUCAGCCCACACGGAGGAGGCCGUCCAAACUGCCAGCAAGCUGCCUCAUUGGUAUCCCGGACGGGGAAGCGACGAUGGAAAGGGUCCGAAAGGCGGCUGCGAAAGCAAACGUCCAAUCGAGAUCACAGGGAGGGCUCUAA